CUGAACACAAACUGAAGCACAGACCCUCGUCACCAUCAACAGAGUGAUUCUUGUCCAGAUCUCAGACCUCAAUAGCAGGGAGCUCCCGCGUCAUGAUUGGCCAGCGCAGACUCCUCCUCCUGUGGGCGUUCAUGCUUUUCAUGGCAACACUGUGCCCCUGCGCUCUGUCCAAACGUGGAGGUGGGGCCAGAGGGAGGGGUAAAGGGGUGGGCCUGGGCGCAAAAGCCCCUCCCUCCCACAGCCGCGGGUCGUCCAAGCAGGGCCUGAAGCUGGCAGGAGCUGCAGCGGCGGGGGCGCUGGGCGGGGCAGCGCUGGGGUACGGGCUGGGCUCUCUGGGAAGGCCCAGAUACGGCUAUGGCUAUGGCUACGACGACUCUUCUGAGGAAGAUCGCCGCUUCUAUUAUGGAGAUGGCAUGGGCUUCCGGAACCAGUCGGACUGGCGGUACCAAAGGGGCUCAUCCAGCUCAGGCCCAACUCCCUGCAUGGCUGUGGUUCUGGGAUCGGCAGCAUCCGCCUUGCUGGGAAACUGGAUACGAGGGAUCUAAAUGGGCCCUCAUUCUCUCUACCUUGAAAUAAGUGGAUCGACAAUUUUUAGCACGCAGGAAUAGAGAAAAUCUUGAAUCAGAUUGCCUCUCAGCUGUGGAGGAACUGAAAUGGCUCAUAAUGGCUCCAAACACCAGUGUGGUUUACAUCAGUAGGCCUGUGAUGCCCUGAAUAACAGGGCAUCUACACUGAUUACACCCCGUUAACUUCACCACAUUUUUAGCCUUCUGUACAGCAAAAAGAAAAUAUGUGGGGACUUACCUGUAUUAUGACUACUACUCUUCAUCUUGAUAAUGCCAUUUUCUACUCUUUUAAAACAUCCUUUUAAAAACAAUUUCAACCAGCCUGACUGGAUAUAUUAUUGUGUUACAUUUAUUUACUGUCUUUUAGGAUUAUUAUAUGGUUUUAAUACGAGUGAUUUCUUAGGAGUUUUACAAAAAUACCCAACUUUUUUAAUGCGCUUGGUUGUGGGCUGUUCCAGUGAUUGCACAUGCGGGUUUGUGAAUGUAUAUAGGUUUGUUUGGGCGUGUGUGUGUGCAUACGCAUGUGUUUGUGUGUGUGUGUGUGUGUGUGUGUCUGUGUGUGUGUGAGAGUGCAGUUUGCAUUGCUGAAUGUACUCCAUUUUGAAUCUAUUUUUCAAUUAUGUGUGAUGUACCAAGCAUGAUUCACAUCAAUGACUGUAGAGCCCACCUACAUACACACUUUCUCUCCUUCCUCUCACUUUCUCUCUCUCUCAUACACACACAUAUACAUACACACACACACUAGUUGCCGCUGAUUGUGUGUGAUGAUGAUUUCCUGAGUGUGGUGAAGCAGACAGCUCUGUCACCUGCACUGCCUAUAGAAUACUCUUUCAAAAAACAAGUUGCUCUUGCUGCAGAAUGUUUUUGGUUUGGCUUUGGUAUUUGUCAGUCAGCAGCUUGUAUAUGCAGUUAAUGAUUAAUAUUAGAUACAUUUCAAUAUACUUCACUUUACUGUCCAUUCGGAUUCAGCUGCUGGGGAUGCCCGAAUGACUAGUGCAGAAAACCGGGGCAUUAACCAAACAUUAAUUUUAUAGGUGUUUAACUCCCCUGCUUCAGCGUGUUUCUCUCUGUGUCAUACCCAGUGUGUGCAUUUCCUUUUAAGAUCAGAAAGCUUUGCUCUUCAUGCAUCUGUUAUUGCAUCCCUCUGCCCUGCUGCAUAUCUCUCAAAUUGUUCCCGCCUGAGCUAAUUAUCAUUGUAAACAGACAAUGCAAAUCUGUGUUGUGUUUUGCAAAUGCCUUGUGACAAUCUCGCUGUGUUGGAAUUGACUCUAUACUAAACAUAUUUGACUGGAAAUUCUUUGAUAUCA